GGCGUGUUUUGAGAUUUUGCUGCCAGUGCCAGUUGGCUGAAAAGAGUGGAAAUAUCAAUGUCUCUCUAAUUUGUCGAUUAUCAAAACAUUUCCGUGGUCAACUACCAGUUUACUUUUCACCAUUUACUUGCCCGACUAUCCGGAAUAUCUUAUAAAAAUUUCAGAUUCACAACCCCACGCAGUAUUUGAUGCGUCGCGUGGUCAAACAAACAUUGACUCAAUGACAAUUGUGUGAACUGCUAAAAGGCUUAAGUGGUCUUCAGGUUUUGCCUCAUUUUCUCUCAUUUUUACAUGAAUAUAUGGGAUUUUUCUGCAUUCUAAGAACAUCAUGGCCCGGUCUAGCGAUGAAGGAGUUCAAGUCACUGUUGAAGAAAAACUUGAACAAGCAAAAGAGUACAAAAGUUUAGGAAAUGAACUAUACAAAGCCAAAGAAUACAAAAAUGCCAUUGGAAAGUAUCACAGAGCUUUGCUUUAUUUGAAGGCUAUGCCUUGGGCAGCUGCCAACAGUGGUCUUGGUGGACUUGCAGACAUGAUGAAUUCAAAAGCUAAACCCACAUCAGCAGCUGACAUGAAGUUGAAACCAGAAAGUGAUAAAUUGUCCGCUGAUUGUUACAAUAACAUUGCUGCUUGCAUGCUUCAGCAAGAAAACCCCAACUAUGGAAGAAUUGUGUCACAUUGUGAAAGUUCCCUGGCACUGUCACCUAACAACCUGAAAGCCACAUACCGGAAAGGAGUUGCCCAGUAUUACUUGAGAGACUAUGAUUCAUCAAUGGACACCUUAAAGUCUGCAAGAGGAUUACCUAAUGGAGACAAAGAUAAAAAUAUCACCAUGUAUAUGUCUAUGUGCAAAAAGGAACUGGAGACGCAAGAAAAUGAGCUGAAGGGAAUUUACAGAACAAUGCUUGGUGCAGAUAAGUGAAAUUGGAAUAUUCUAUUCAGGAUUAAUUGUACGGGUCUUCUUCUUACCCACUUCAUGAUGGAUGAGGAUAUUAUGGAAUACCAAACCUGUCUGUUCUCAAAACUGAUGACUCGUAUUGAGUUGUAACAGAAGAGUCAGUUAACAUUCCAGAACGAGACUUUCAAAAAACUCUCCUCAGAAUAUCUCUGUUGGAGUUCGAAGGACUUGCCGUGAGAUGCCCUGUCUGAUACUUGAGUGAAGUGCUUUCAUAAAGUUCUUAUUGGAUUAAACCUUGGAGGAAACACCACAUAACAAUUUAAUGUAAAUUUCGAAUAUUUGAAAUUUUGGUGUUAGAUAAAUAUGCUGGAUUUUCAAGUUGUUCAGCCACUUCAUUUUCUACAGCUUAUUGUUUUUUGUUGGUAAAACAUGUUCUUUUGCCAUUUCAAAUAAAAUUAAUUAAUCUGAA